UGGCGCAUUCCAUGCCCAAAAAGCGAGCAGACAGAAAAUGAAUAGAGUUUGAACGACGCUUUCAAGUUCGAACUCGUUGACCUUUUGGCAUGCAUGGUCAAAGACAUUGGAUUAACGUGAAAACGCACCUCCACAACAGUUGCAGCUCGAAUUAGAACUGCGCUACUACUAAUUGAUCAAUUUGCUGGCAUUUUGCGACAUGCAAAGCCCAUUCCAAAUGAAGCUCAUUUAAAAACAAAGCCUCGAUUGCAGGCUAUAUAAAUGUGGCUGACAGCUGCCAUCGAUCGCAAGUUCAAUGGCAAUCCAUGUGGGACGUCAGUUGCUGUGCGCGGCACUUAUUUUGCUGCUGCAGAUGUGCAUUAGCUGCGAGGCGCGGCCAAAGGCUAUGCCAGGGAAUGAUGGAGAUGGCAUCAACAAUGGCGAGGACGAAGACGACGACUCCUCCUCAGAGGAGACCGUUGAGGACUCGAACGAGGGUCGCAGGCGUCGCCGUCGCGAGGCCAACGAACGUGCUGUCAUACCGGGCCUGCCCGAUCCCGCAACGAUCAUUAAGAUCGCUCAGCUCUUCCAAUCGGUGGGUGAACAGAUUGUGCCCAUUAUCCUAGAGGCUCUGCUGCCCGUUAACGAUGCGACCGCAGAGCGAACAGCUCGGGACUUGCAGUUCAUGACGAAGCCCCAGCGCACUCUCGCUCUCAAUUCAGAGGCACUGCAGCCGCAAGCUGUCUAAAUUGUACGACUAACAACUUGUUUGGCUCGAUAGCAUUAAAGAUGACGAAAUGAAAGAAGUGUGCGUGU